CGCGGGGUGAGCGGCGCGGGGAACGGGGACUGCCUGCCGCCCUCGCCCUCGUCCCCCACCGGCGGACCCCGGCGGGCAUUCGAGAGCCGCGCGGCCAGGCCCUCUUAACCCUCUGCCGUUUGGGGGGCACGGGUGAACCUGCUGCCCCACUCCCACCCCGCCCCGCCCCGCCCGGACAGCCAAAUCGGAAGGGACGAGCCUGCCCUUUGAAAGGGGUUUUUUUCUUGCUCCUGCGGAGGGCGCCCCAGCCAUGGCCCUCAGGAGCUCCCUAGACCCCGCAGGGACUGCCCUCCAUCCCGGCCGCCGGGGCCCGCCUUCUGCAUCCCGCGGGCAGCCUGUGUGAAGCGGCCUCCCGCAGCCCCCGGCCCCUCCCCCAUGGAGGAGGAGGAGGGGGCGGUGGCCAAGGAGUGGGGCACGACCCCCGCGGGGCCCGUCUGGACCGCAGUGUUCGACUACGAGGCGGCGGGCGACGAGGAGCUGACCCUGCGGAGGGGCGAUCGCGUCCAGGUGCUUUCCCAAGACUGUGCGGUGUCCGGCGACGAGGGCUGGUGGACCGGGCAGCUCCCCAGCGGCCGCGUGGGCGUCUUCCCCAGCAACUACGUGGCCCCCGGCGCCCCCGCUGCACCCGCGGGCCUCCAGCUGCCCCAGGAGAUCCCCUUCCACGAGCUGCAGCUAGAGGAGAUCAUCGGUGUGGGGGGCUUUGGCAAGGUCUAUCGGGCCCUGUGGCGUGGCGAGGAGGUGGCAGUCAAGGCCGCCCGGCUGGACCCUGAGAAGGACCCGGCAGUGACAGCGGAGCAGGUGUGCCAGGAAGCCCGGCUCUUUGGAGCCCUGCAGCACCCCAACAUAAUUGCCCUUAGGGGCGCCUGCCUCAACCCACCACACCUCUGCCUAGUGAUGGAGUAUGCCCGGGGUGGCGCACUGAGCAGGGUGCUGGCAGGUCGCCGGGUGCCACCUCACGUGCUGGUCAACUGGGCUGUGCAGGUGGCCCGGGGCAUGAACUACCUACACAAUGAUGCCCCUGUGCCCAUCAUCCACCGGGACCUCAAGUCCAUCAACAUCCUGAUCCUGGAGGCCAUCGAGAACCACAACCUCGCAGACACGGUGCUCAAGAUCACGGACUUUGGCCUCGCCCGCGAGUGGCACAAGACCACCAAGAUGAGCGCUGCGGGGACCUACGCCUGGAUGGCGCCGGAGGUUAUCCGUCUCUCCCUCUUCUCCAAAAGCAGUGAUGUCUGGAGCUUCGGGGUGCUGCUGUGGGAGCUGCUGACGGGGGAGGUCCCCUACCGUGAGAUCGACGCCUUGGCCGUGGCGUAUGGCGUGGCUAUGAAUAAGCUGACGCUGCCCAUUCCCUCCACGUGCCCCGAGCCCUUUGCCCGCCUCCUGGAGGGUGAGCCGGGGCCCCGUGAUGAGGAAUGCUGGGACCCAGACCCCCAUGGGCGGCCAGAUUUUGGCAGCAUCUUGAAGCGGCUUGAAGUCAUCGAACAGUCAGCCCUGUUCCAGAUGCCACUGGAGUCCUUCCACUCGCUGCAGGAAGACUGGAAGCUGGAGAUUCAGCACAUGUUUGAUGACCUUCGGACCAAGGAGAAGGAGCUUCGGAGCCGUGAGGAGGAGCUGCUGCGGGCGGCGCAGGAGCAGCGCUUCCAGGAAGAGCAGCUGCGGCGGCGGGAGCAGGAGCUGGCAGAACGCGAGAUGGACAUCGUGGAACGGGAGCUGCACCUGCUCAUGUGCCAGCUGAGCCAGGAGAAGCCCCGGGUCCGCAAGCGCAAGGGCAACUUCAAGCGCAGCCGCCUGCUCAAGCUGCGGGAAGGCGGCAGCCACAUCAGCCUGCCCUCUGGCUUUGAGCAUAAGAUCACAGUCCAGGCCUCUCCAACUCUGGAUAAGCGGAAAGGAUCCGAUGGGGCCAGCCCCCCUGCAAGCCCCAGUAUCAUCCCCCGGCUGAGGGCCAUUCGCCUGACUCCCGUGGACUGUGGUGGCAGCAGCAGUGGCAGCAGCAGUGGAGGAAGUGGGACAUGGAGCCGCGGUGGGCCCCCAAAGAAGGAAGAACUGGUCGGGGGCAAGAAGAAGGGCCGAACGUGGGGGCCCAGCUCCACCCUGCAGAAGGAGCGGGUGGGAGGAGAGGAGAGGCUGAAGGGGCUGGGGGAAGGAAGCAAACAGUGGUCAUCAAGUGCCCCCAACCUGGGCAAGUCCCCCAAACACACACCCAUCGCCCCUGGCUUCGCCAGCCUCAAUGAGAUGGAGGAGUUCGCGGAGGCAGAGGAUGGAGGCAGCAGCGUGCCCCCUUCCCCCUACUCGACCCCGUCCUACCUCUCAGUACCACUGCCUGCCGAGCCCUCCCCGGGGGCGCGGGCGCCAUGGGAGCCGACGCCGUCCGCGCCCCCCGCUCGGUGGGGACACGGCGCCCGGCGGCGCUGCGACCUGGCGCUGCUAGGCUGCGCCACGCUGCUGGGGGCUGUGGGCCUGGGAGCCGACGUGGCCGAGGCGCGCGCGGCCGACGGCGAGGAGCAACGGCGCUGGCUCGACGGCCUCUUCUUUCCCCGCGCCGGCCGCUUCCCGCGGGGCCUCAGCCCGCCCGCGCGUCCCCACGGCCGCCGCGACGACGUGGGCCCCGGCCUGGGCCUGGCGCCCUCGGCCACCCUCGUGUCGCUGUCGUCCGUGUCCGACUGCAACUCCACGCGUUCACUGCUGCGCUCUGACAGUGACGAGGCCGCGCCGGCCGCGCCCUCCCCACCACCCUCCCCGCCCGCGCCCACGCCCACGCCCUCGCCCAGCACCAACCCCCUGGUGGACCUGGAGCUGGAGAGCUUCAAGAAGGACCCCCGCCAGUCGCUCACGCCCACCCACGUCACGGCUGCCUGCGCUGUGAGCCGCGGGCACCGGCGGACGCCAUCGGACGGGGCGCUGGGGCAGCGGGGGCCGCCCGAGCCCACCGGCCAUGGCCCUGGCCCUCGUGACCUUCUGGACUUCCCCCGCCUGCCCGACCCCCAGGCCCUGUUCCCAGCCCGCCGCCGGCCCCCUGAGUUCCCAGGCCGCCCCACCACCCUGACCUUUGCCCCGAGACCUCGGCCGGCUGCCAGUCGCCCCCGCUUGGACCCCUGGAAACUGGUCUCCUUCGGCCGGACACUCACCAUCUCGCCUCCCAGCAGGCCAGACACUCCAGAGAGCCCUGGGCCCCCCAGCAUGCAGCCCACACUGCUGGACAUGGACAUGGAGGGGCAGAACCAAGACAGCACAGUGCCCCUGUGCGGGGCCCACGGCUCCCACUAAGGCCUGCCCACCACCGCCCGCCUGGGCAGCCAUGAAUGUAGCGCCCCAGGCCCCGCCCCAGCCCGCCAUGCCACAAGGCGGGGGAGGCCCUGGGCAGGAUGUUCACUCUAUUUAUUGGGGAAGGAGGGAGGGGGGGACACUUAACUUAUUCCUUUGUACCCCAGGGGGUGGAGCCCUGUGCCCGCCCUGCACUGGGGGGAGGGUGGGCAGGGAUACUCAGGGACAGGGCAUCAUGGGGGAUUUGGCACAAAAUGGAGCAUUAAAGGUAACCCCUGCCCCCUACC